UAGUGAUUAGUUUAGCUUGCAACAGAGAGAGCAGAGCGCUCUGGUAAUGGCGUUGGACGAGUCAUUCAAGAGGCCUGGCUCCAUCCCCUUCAAGUGGGAGGUGCAGCCGGGCAUCCCAAAGCACCAGCCGCCCGGUGACCGCAGCACCACGGCCACGGCCACGCCGAUGCUCCCUCCAACUACUCCAAGGCUAGCGACUCCUCCUGGUGCCCGCGUCAGCACGCUCGCCUCCGCGUCCCGGCCGCUCUCGCCACCGCUGCCGUCGUCGUCGUCGUCGUCGCACAGGAGGUCUAUGUCCGCACGCUUCGCGACGUCGCUAGUGUUGCCGUUCACGCGGCGGCCGAGGCGGGGCCGGUCCAAGGAUGAUGUCGACUUCUGCGUCCUGUACGGCCAGAAGACUGCGUAGACUGUAUAUAAUCUUACACACGACUCGAAUCUACAUGCAGCUUAUAUAUAAAAUCGACUAAGUUUCCUGGUUCAUUGUUUCUUGGAAGAUCUCGAAUGGUCGUUGGACAAGUCAAACACAGACCGUAUUUUAUCUCUAUCUUUGCUACUUAGAAUGAACAUAAAGCUGAUUUGUGGCCCUUCUCGCCACUA